AGAUAAAAAGUUCCUGGCCACUCUAGUUUUGUUAACUCGGCUGGCACCAAAAUGGAAGCUCUGAAUCUGUGUGUGGCGGUCCUUCUUCUCCUGGCUGCUGUUUCUGACGGCUCACGUCUGAAGAACAAGCUGAAAACCUCCUCGAACGUCAGCAGGAAAAGUCUAGCAGACGGCAGCCUCUACAAAAGACAGACCACUUGUACCAGUACGCAGUUCCACUGUACCAGCGGUGAGUGCAUCAACGGCAACUGGCACUGUGACCUAGACACGGAUUGCGCUGAUGGCUCAGACGAGAUGGGCUGUACCACCGACUGCACAGGGUCCCAUCAGUUUUUAUGCAACAACGGGAAAUGUAUCACCAAAUCUUAUCAAUGUGAUGGGGAUGAUGAUUGUGGGGAUGGAACCGAUGAAACAGAUUGCCACCUAGUGACCUGUGAACCCAACGAGUUCCGAUGUGACAACCACCGAUGUAUCCCGGCGGUCUGGAUGUGCGACGGUGACAACGACUGUGGCACUGGCUUCGACGAGGCUGACUGCAGCUCAUGUAACGAGUUCCAGUUCCGGUGUGCUGACGGUUCCAGGUGUAUCGAUGCCAGGUGGAGGUGUGACGGUACCAGAAACUGUGCUGACUCCAGUGACGAGAUGGGUUGUGUGUGUGACCCGGACACCCAGUUUAAGUGCGCCAACGGGCUGUGCAUCAACAUCAACUGGAGGUGUGACAACGACAACGACUGCGGCGACGUCUCGGACGAGCUUGGAUGCCCCGCCCUCCACCCCAGCAUAUGUAGCGACAUGCUGACCAUGCGUGAGUGUGCCCUCAUGAACCAGACGACCCACCCCAUCUGUCUGACCUACGUGGAUGGACACAGGUACUGCAGAAAAUACUGCAACAUGUGCGCUGAUGACGGCUCAGGUGCCAGACACAAAGUCCUCUUGUACUGAUAGACCAGAGCGACUCGGCGGUGUAGAGAUAUUGUUUUAAUAAAAUAAA